AUGCCUCGGCCUGAUACUACCGCUCAACAUGAUACGGCAACCAACGCUGCAGGUGGCGGUCGCAAAGCGAACAAAAAGGCAAUCGACGCCGCGAAGCGCAAGACGGAGAAGACGUUCAAGCAGUCUCAGAUAUCCGUCGGUUUGCUCUUUACGAGCGAGCUGCAGGCUGCCGUCAAGCGCUGCUCUCGUAAAGUUCAGCAUAUUGCAAAGCAUUGCAGGGCGAGGGAUUCAAAGUUUAGGGAUCCCGAGUUUGACCUGGAGAACGACGAGAGAUUGUGCCUUCAAGGGGCACUUGGUGACUGUUACUUUAUCAGUGCUCUGGCAAAUGUCGUGACAAUCACUGGUCUGCUUGAACAGAUUUGUGUUGCCCAGGAGCCAGUGGUCGGCGUAUACGGCUUCAUCUUCUUCAGAGAUGGUGCUUGGGUCGAUGUGAUCAUCGACGAUCAACUGUUCGUCUCAUUUCCAGAAGAUGAAUCUCUUUCACAAGAAGCUCGUGCACAAGGGACCGUGGACGAAUACAAUAUUCGGGUUCGAAAGGGCAACAAGGUGCUUUAUUUCGCCAAGUCUAUGACAGAAGGAGAGACAUGGGUGCCUCUCAUCGAAAAGGCCUACGCCAAACUGCACGGCAACUAUCAUUACAUCGUCGGCGGAUUCGCCAAUGAAGCCAUCGAGGAUUUGACCGGUGCGGUCUGCAGCCGCACGUCUAUCAACUACAUUCUCGAUCCCAACAAGUUCUGGAAUGAGCUUGUGGCUACGGCUGGUCGUACUAGGCUCUACGGAUGCUUCUUACGAGGUGACGACCAAUCGGCUUCAGAUGUCCACGACAGCGAGUACGGUCUCAUUGCCUCGCAUGCCUAUACGAACCCAUGGGGCUCAGGGGAAUGGAAGGGCCGCUGGAGUGAUGGCUCAAAUGAGUGGACAGCAGAAUGGAAACCGGUUCUCAAGAUGCUCAAACACGAGUUUAAUGGAGAAGAUGGCGCGUCGACUGUGCCAGACUUUUCGACUACAUGGGCCUCGUCGGACAUCUGGCUGCAAAUGGGCGGUCUCGGACCUUUGCACCCUUGGACAUGGGGAAAUAUAUCUUAUACCAUCUCGGUCCCGGAAGCCACUCCUGCAGUCAUUGUUCUUCGUCAGCUCGAUACACGCUAUUUCCGAGACAUAUCCUGUUCACUCCUCUAUACGAUGGAAUUUGUCUUGUUCCGCAAGGGAUCCAACGAGGCACUUGCUGUAUCACCUCGCGCACACGCCAUUGAUCGCAGCCAAAGCGUCGAGGUCGAUCUAAAGGCGGGCGAGUAUGUCGUUCAUGUCCGCUUGGACUCGUUGGUUCGCAGGGAUGUGGAUUACUUUGAAAAGCAGAUGAGCAAUUGGGAUGCGCAAGUCCUCAAGCGCGUCUUGGCUCAGCGGGCGAUUGCCUAUUCCAAGGCGUCCAAUUCUACCUCCGAAUGGAACGACACCAUUCCGACUUCGUUGCGGUCGCUCGCUGGUCAGGACUUGACUUCUCUUGAAAUCCUCAAAGUCGAAAAGAAGCGACGGGAGCAAGCUAAGCGGAUGGAGGAACUUGCUGGUCAAGAGUACGAAGAGGGGGGAGAAGAGGAAGAAGGCGGAGACGAAUACGAAGAGGAAGCGAACGAGGAAGGAGAUGCAGAAGCAAAAGCGGAAGCGGAAGACGAUAACCAGGUUGUCCAUCAAGGGAUCAGCUGCGACAACUGUAGGGCCAGCCCUAUAUCGGGGACCCGCUACUCUUGCAACAGUGAAGAGCAUCCGAACUAUGACCUUUGCCAGGAUUGCUUUGGCGACUGCGAUCAUGAUCCCGAACAUGAGAUGAUUAUCAUCCCUGUUCCACGAGGCGAGAAGCCUGUUCAUAAGGGAAUCUAUUGCAGUGAUUGCGGGUAUAUCGUCAAGGGUACCCAAUAUAACUGCCUGAGCGAGGAUUGCGAAGACGCCAACCUAUGCGAGGAAUGCUUCGGAAAGGGGGAACAUGACCAAACCCACGAGAUGUGGAUGAUGCCUCUUCCGCAAUCGAGCACUGAGGACGACGACGGCGUUGGUUUCGAAACAGACAGGCCCGUGCAUCCUGGUAUACAAUGCAAUUCGUGUGGAAUGGUUCCAGUGGUAGGGCCGCGGUUCAAGUGCAUGGAUCCCAAGUGUACGGAGUACGACCUGUGCGAGGAUUGCUUCGCUCGAGGUGUCCAUCCUUCAGACCACCGGAUGCUGCGACUCGACGACCCCAACGAGGCGCUUCAUCUCAAUCCAGCGGCCGCGGCGGAAGGGUCGACAUUGGUGCUAGGUUUGAGGGUCAACACUCGCAAAGGCGCAGCGGCGGUGCUCGGUGGACAACUCAAACACGGUUCACUGAAGUAG